AUGGCGGUGGAACCCAUCAUCGACGCGUCGUGGCAUCGUCUGCCGAAUGACGCCUUCUCAGAUGGUCCCUCUAGCAGCACACCGCUGGACCCGACCUCUUCUGUCGACGACGACUCGGACGGCGCCUCUGAAUGGUCCUUUACCGACGACGAGGAGCUCGUCACGCUCGACUUGGGAACCGAACGCAUUGCCAAGCGUGCCCUGCUCGGCUACUCAGCUGGUCUUGACUUUGUAUCCGAGCCUCAUGCUGCGACCGCGACCUCAUCUGCGCGGACGGUGCGCGGCUCUCGCGCUGGUGGUGAUGCAAAGGCAACCGAAACAUCCAAGCCCUCUAGCACAACCCAUCUUGGCGCUGGCAAGCAGAUGGCCAUUACGGGACUCGACUCGGCCCAGCCACUACUUAAGAUCAAUGAUACGGUACUCCGAGGCAGACGCAUGGAUCUGUUCGGAAGCGAGAUUGUGCUCACGGACGAGUUCGAUCCCACGCGACCACGGAGCAAGCAGCAUCAAUUGCAGCCGGUGCCUCCGUCGACGAGAGAUGGUAGGGCAGAUGCGCGCUCGACAUCGACGAGGAAGAGGAUCCUGUUCCGACCCAUCUACGAUCCUGCAGCGAGAGAGACGAGCGGCGGUAAGGAUGGUGACGUGUAUGAGAAGCUGAAGGCGCUGGCGAGGUCGAAUCAGGGAUAUGUGCUCGAGUCCAGUGCGACGAGAAGUGGAGCGAGAGACGAUGAUGCACAAAGACUGGCGUCGGUAGCAAGUCUCAUGGGUCCUCCGAAUGGCCCAUCGAGUACAUCAGAGAAAGGCGUCGGUCGGGGCAAGUACAAGCGCAAAGGCAUCUCGGAGGAAGAACAGAUGAUCAGAGCGGCAGAGAGGAAGAUCAGGAAGGCGGCCAAGUUGCAUCUUCAACAACAGCAGGAGCAGCAGGAGCGGCAAGGCUCGAGUUCAACGGCGCCACAAUCCGAAGACACACAGGUGCCAGCGCCGCCCUCACACGAGCAGCCGCAAGAGCAGGCUGAUGAAGACGCUGGCAGCAGCGGCCAGGAUCCGCGACCACCAACAUCCUUUGACCAAGCUGGAUUGUGA